AUAUCUCCGCCACCAUCCAAGCGAAGACGUAAGGAGGUGAAGGAGGAUCGAGCAAGCGCUGCAGCACCCAACGUAGCCCGCAUAGCCAUCUACUCCUGGAACGUCAAUGGCAUCACACCAUUUCUGCAGCCCACGAUUGCUGCCUUCUUCGACGCUACGCGAAGCACGGCUGGUAACUUCCCUGCUGAUCGGCCAAGCACCUCAGCAUCUUUGCGAGAUGUUCUGCACAAGUACGGGUGGCCCACCAUGCUGCUCCUCCAAGAAGUGAAGAUCAACCCAGACGAUGUAGCAACCCAGAGAAGAGUCCAGCGCGCCGUCAUGCCAGCGCCGGAUGAGGGCACCGGAGCCGUAUCUUACAAGGCCUAUUUCAAUUUGCCGUCGGACAAAAACAAUGCGCGAGGUUUUGGGCGAAAGCUUUAUGGCGUUUGCAGCUUGAUCCGACAAGACUUUGUGCAGCGUUAUGUGGAAAAAGUCCGACAGGUAGACUGGGAUGCAGAAGGUCGAUUUUUGGUGUGUGAGACCAAAGCCAAUGAUGCCGUACCGAGACUGGCAAUCCUCAAUUGUUAUCUGGUGAACGGAACCGAUGGAUCCUACAAGUCUGAGACCGGUGCGGUAGUUGGCACGAGGCACGAUCGCAAGCUGAGGGUGCACGAGAUGCUGCAGCGUGAGGUCCGAGCACUCGAGGGUAAAGGAUUCAAGGUUGUCAUCGCUGGCGAUAUGAACGUCGCUCGAUCAAGUUUAGACGGACACCCAAAUCUAAGAACUUUCCCGUUACAGCACUGUGUGAAUCGUGCCGACUUCGAAGAUAGAUUCUUGAGCAAGUCUGAGGUUGAAGGAACAUCAGCCGAUGGUUGUCAAUCAGAUGCGAGUCUGCAAAUGAUCGACAGCUUUCGUCACCUUCAUCCCACCAAAAAAGGAUACACCUUUUAUCCGCGCUCCAAGGAUUUCAGGGCCAGUGCUGAUAGAGUGGAUAUGAUAUUACUCUCACGAGGGCUGGAAUCAAAUCUGAGCGAAGCGGAUAUGCAUGAGACGCCGGCAGACCGUGGACCAAGUGAUCAUGUCCCACUAUUUGCUGAGCUGCAG